UUGGCCACCAUAUUGUGGAAAACAGAAGGAGAAGCCCCAAAUUGCAACAACAUAUUCUGUUACAACCUGGUAGAAACCGCACUCUUAUCGCAUUAAGAAGAAAAUUUGAUGGCAGGGAAAUGUCCUUGAACUAACGGCGUUUGCUUUCGUUUUAUCGACGAGUGUCGAUAGGCUUAAGACGUUAGUUUAGCUACACAGCUAAUAGUAGCUCCCGUCAGCAUCGGGUCAGCUGCAGGAGGUAAGGCAGGAUCCGAGCUGGAAAAGAAAGGCCAGGAAACAUCGUCCAGGCAGCUUGGUGGACAUUGGUGGACUCUGACCUGUUCCUCACCUCCAGCUUCCUAUCCCUCACCACACUGCCAUGGACCAAGACUACGAGAGACGGCUGCUACGGCAGAUCAACAUCCAGAAUGAGAAUGCCAGCCCUGUGAAAGUGACGGAGGUGAUGCGGACGCUGACUCCCAGCAGCUCACCCAUGUCCUCCCCCAGCAAGCAUGGAGACCGCUUUAUCCCGUCCCGCGCUGGGGCCAACUGGAGCAUCAACUUCCACAGGAUCAACGAGAAUGAGAAGUCACCCAGUCAGAACAGGAAGACGAAGGAUGCCACAUCUGACACAAGCAAAGCGGACGGGCUGGCGUACUCUGCCCUGCUGAAGAACGAGCUGCUAGGCGCCGGCAUUGAGAAGGUGCAGGACCCACAGACGGAGGACCGCCGGCUGCAGCCGUCCACCCCCGAGAGGAGGAGUCUGUUCAGUUACUCUCUCAGCGCAAAGCGGGCCACUCCUGAUGAUGGCAACUCUGUCUCUCCUUACUCCCUGUCCCCCGUCAGCAGCAAGAGUCAAAAACUGUUGAGGUCGCCCCGGAAACCAACACGCAAAAUCUCCAAGAUUCCCUUCAAGGUUCUGGAUGCUCCAGAGCUGCAGGAUGACUUCUACCUGAACCUGGUGGACUGGUCUUCUCUGAAUGUGCUGAGUGUGGGCCUGGGUACCUGCGUCUACCUAUGGAGUGCUUGCACCAGCCAGGUGACGCGGCUGUGUGACCUCUCGGUGGAAGGGGACUCGGUCACGUCAGUGGGCUGGUCUGAAAGAGGGAACCUGGUGGCCGUGGGGACUCACAAAGGCUUUGUGCAGAUCUGGGAUGCAGCUGCUGGCAAGAAGCUGUCCACUCUGGAGGGACACACAGCCAGAGUGGGUGCGCUGGCGUGGAACGCUGACCAGCUGUCCUCCGGCAGUCGCGACCGCAUGAUUCUGCAGAGGGACAUCCGCACCCCCCCCCUACAGUCCGAGCGCCGGCUGCAGGGCCACCGGCAGGAAGUGUGCGGCCUCAAGUGGAGCACUGACCACCAGCUGCUGGCGUCCGGGGGCAACGACAACAAGCUGCUGGUGUGGAACCACUCCAGCGUGCUGCCUGUGCAGCAGUACACAGAGCACCUGGCGGCGGUGAAGGCCAUCGCCUGGUCCCCCCACCAGCACGGGCUGCUGGCGUCGGGAGGCGGCACGGCCGACCGCUGCAUCCGCUUCUGGAACACGCUGACAGGCCAGCCACUGCAGUGCACCGACACCGGCUCCCAGGUGUGCAACCUGGCCUGGUCCAAACACACCAACGAGCUGGUCAGCACUCACGGCUAUUCCCAGAACCAGAUCCUGGUGUGGAAGUACCCCUCGCUCACACAGGUGGCCAAGCUGACCGGCCACUCCUACAGGGUGUUGUACUUGGCCAUGUCUCCCGAUGGGGAGGCCAUUGUCACCGGGGCUGGAGACGAAACACUGCGAUUCUGGAAUGUAUUCAGCAAAACGCGAUCAACAAAGGAGUCGGUAUCUGUUUUGAACCUGUUUACCAGAAUACGGUAAUGCUGAAGGGCCAGUCUGGCCUGCUUCUGUAAACUGUAAAGAGGGAAACAAUGACUUCAUCAUUCAGCCCAACAUCGUCUGAACCUCCAGAGGGUUUGGGCAGCCAUCCUGUCUCCCAGCAUUGCCUUCUCAUGAAGAGGAAGAGACAAAGCCAAGACGUUCUUCCUCAUUCUGUUUGUUUACAAAGGGACGUGAUUUUUUGGGACUGCCAAAUAGACGUUUGAGUGUCUUUGUCUUCAUGAAUGUGUACAGUUCAGUUGUAAUUGUUUUUUUUUUCCUGUGUGCAGUGUGUUGUAUCAGUGGUGUGCAGUCACAAACUGUUAACAGCCUUAAAGUGGAAACCAAUGACAUUUAACCAUAGAACUUGAAAGAAAAUAAUGGCAGCACCAUUUUAGUUAUUGACUUGCAGUUUUUAUUUACCAGACAAAGUUGUUUUAAUUUAUAAAAUAAGGCAAAAGGAAGGAGCAUGAUAAUCAGUGAAAUUAUGGUCGAAUAUCGCAGAAUAUUUAUUUUUAAAUUGGGAUAAAACUCAGAAUUGCUUUUUCAAUAUUGAGUAGUCUAAUUGAGGCAAAGAAAUUGUACCAUGCUUUCUGUCAAACAAAUCAUUUUUUAAAUACAUGCCUGCAAUUGUAAUGGUUUAAAAGCUGUUCACUUUUGAACCAGGGUGUGGAUUAGAGGAAUGCAGGUAUUGGCUUUAUAAUAUUGUUAAUACUCUGCUCUCUAGUACAGGUUUUAAACAGCUGAUACUUCAGGAUCAGGGUGAUGUUCAUUUCCAUUUGAAAUGACACUGGUUUGAUCGUUUUCCUCCUGCUGAAUUUGGCCGGGCGUGGCUGUGCUGAGUGCCAUGCUCCCCUGCCAGUUCCACUCGCUGCGUUGUACUGUACUGCUGCAUUCAGUAACUGACAUUAUUAUUGGUGAAAGAAGUUUUGGAAGUGUGCUGUGAAUGGGACAGCUAAUGCUGCCUUCCAUGAUUGAAACUGAGCAGAGGGAAGAGAUCCAUGUGGCUGGAGAGCAGACCAUACAAUCAGGCUGAAAGUGGAUUCUUUGCAGAAGAUUGUAGUGUUAAGAUUGUAUUUGCAAAUUUACAAAUUGCUGAGUAUGAGAAUUGAUAUUUUCCCAUAUUUAACUUGCAUUGAGAUGCCCUGAAAGGUGAUUUUCACUAAGCUCUUCUCAGCCCCACAGUCUCGCUGUAGUGCAUUUGUGCUCUUUGGUUGAAGUCAUCUUAUCCGUGGCACUUCUGUAAUCUCUUAAAAUUUCUCAAGGCAGGAAUUGUUGAAGAGAAACAAUCUGAUUUUCCCCUCUGUUCCAUUUGAGAAUACUCUGCUUGCCUGUUUUAUAAGUAUUGUGUUGAAUGACUUUCUGUACCAUUAGAGUGAAUGUUAUUUAUUUCAGUUGUGGGACAAUGUUAUGACAGUGUUGAGUGAAAAUUUCUACACGCUGAAUGGCGGAUGACCUGUUGUUUGUAUGUUGUUUUUAUAAUUACUUCUUUUCAAUCAUCCAAGAUCAUAACUGCCAACUUGAAAAGCUUAAAGAAUGUAAAAAGUUAAUCAAAGAAUUUAUUUACUGAAGAUACUGAAUAAAUUCUGAUUUG